AUGGCUAAAGCGGAGUCAGCACAGAUCCAGCAAGAUUUCCUGCCCCCUGAUCAAGAAACCCUCUACAGGGAAGUGUUGCAACAGAGCUACAACACCAUCUUCAUGGCCUCCCCUCUUCAGCUUCAAGGACCCGAACUGCUUGUCCACCUGGAACAAAUACAAGAACCCUGGGCCCCAGAUAACCAGUGCCCUGCCAACGAUGCCAGCGAAGGUCUGGUUAACCAAGCAGUGAAAGAAUGGCCAGAGACAAGAAUUGGGUGGAAUUCCUACCGGAGCCCUGUGAGCGUGCCCUCUUCAGAUUCAUCUAGUUCAGAUGAUGAAUCAACAAGUGAGAAAGAAGAGAGAAAUGUUAAGCAGGAAGGUUUCAGGGUCACAAAGCCACGUGCAGGUUUGCUAGGUAAAUGUGUUGUCAAUCACUGGAAGGAAGAAGCCAGUGAGAGUUGGCGCAGUCAACCGCAAGGCAUUAUUGGUUACGCCAACGAAAAUGAUGGAGAUAGUAGUAACAGCCCGCAAGGAAUAAACGUCCAAGAGAGCCACAACGUAUGCUGUGAGUGUGGGAAAAGCUUUGGCAGGAGAUCGUCCCUCAAUAGACAUCUCAAAAUCCACAGUAAUGAGAAACCCUAUAAAUGUUCCACCUGUGACAAAUGUUUCAUUGAGAAAUCAAAUCUCAAUGCGCAUAUAAGAAAAAAACAUAAGAGAAAAUCCCAUUCAAGAAGGGAACACUAUGAAUGCUCUGAGUGUGGUGAGAACUUUGUUACAAGAGCCUCUCUUACUGAGCAUCAGAGAGCACACACCAAUGAGACAACCUAUCCAUGCCCUAUCUGUAAGAAAAACUACAUGGAGGAGAGAUAUCUUGUUAGGCAUCUAAUGGUGGACCACUCAGGAGCAAAUCUCUUUAAAUGCUCUGUCUGUGGAAAAGGCUUCAUGAAAGAGAAAGACCUUGUUAGGCAUCGAAUCAUGAGCCAUAUCGAAGACCAUGGGACUUCGUAUUCUGGCAGUGGGGAAAACUACAGGGAGAAAUCAUUCCUAAUCAAACCUCAGAGGCUCCACUUGAGUGAAUUUACUUUUAAAUGGCCAGAGUGCAAGAAGAAUUCAAGAGACAACAGAAGCGUUGACAAUCAGAAAAUGCAUGAAAAAGAGACACACACUCCUUAUCAGGGAAGCGUCAUGGAAGGAUAUGACAAAUUGUGCCCUGUUUGUGGGAAAUAUUUCAAGAAUGAGAGAUGUUUUGCUAACCAUCAGAGAAUGCACCUGAGAGAGCAACAACAUGAACAGACAGGUGAAGGAAAUGUUGUCAAGGAAGAAGUGCAGCUCACUAGAAAUCAGAUAAUCCAAGUAAAUAUGAAACACAGUACAUGCUUUGACUGUGGAAAACCCCUCUGCACCAAUGCAAUGCUAGCUAGGCAGCCAAAGAGUAAAAUGGAAGAUAAUUUCAAUGAGUGCCAUGAUUGUGGGAAAAUUUUCAGCAACACCCAGUGUUUUUCUAAUCAUCAGAGAAUUCACACAGAAGAACAAUCUAAAAACGCCUCCCUUCAGAGUGAAAGCAUGCUGUCCGCUGGCCAACAGGAAACUCCCCUGAAAGAAAGAAGUUAUAAAUGCUCUAAUUGUGGGAGAGCAUACACAACCGAAUAUAAUCUCAAGAGGCAUCAGCACACCCACUCAGAAUGCAGACCCAAAAAUGGUUCCAGCCAAGGGAAGGAGUCUGCCUGUAGAUGGCCCUUCACUAAGGUUCAGAAGGAUCAGGCCAAAGAACAACUCCCGCAGCACAAAUGCUCCUACUGCGGGAAAGUGUUCCAAGCUAAAAGUGUCCUCAAUAGGCAUCAGCAAAUCCACAUAAAAGGUAAGCCCUAUAAAUGCAAUGUCUGUGGGAAAGGCUUUGCGCACAGGUACACUCUUGCGCAUCACCAAGAAGCCCACGAGGAAGAAAAGGUCUAUCAGCACAAGUGCUCCCUCUGCGGAAAAGCCUUCAGAACCCAUUCAUCCCUCCGUAGACAUCAGCAACUGCACAUGGGGAGCAAGCCCUAUUCGUGCGACAUCUGCGGGAAAGCCUUUACCUACAGAUAUGCCCUCACUAAUCACCGGGAGAUACAUGUGGAAGGGCGGUCCUAUAAAUGCUCUUUCUGUUGGAAAGCCUUCCGAACCAAUUACUCUCUCAGUAGACACAAGCGCAUCCACAUGGAAAUAAGGUCCUAUCAGUGCUCCAUCUGUGGGAAAGCAUUUGGAACAAAAUACUCCCUCUCUAGGCAUCAGGACAUGCAUAUGCAAGACAAUCCAGAUAACUUGUCCAGUACUGGGAAAGAUCCAGCUGACAGAUCAGUCUUGGCUAAAAAUCAAGCUAGUGACACGGAAGAAAAUUCUAAUAAUUGGUCUGGCAUUUCAACCCUCUCUGGGCAUCAGGAACUACACAUGGAAGGGAAAAACCUUGAAUGCUCUGAGCGUGGGGGUGGCUCCACCUGCACUAAACAUCACUUCGAAGAAAAUUCUUCUAAAGGCUUAGAGUGUGAGAGAGCAUUCAUUGGCAACUUGAUGCUUCCUAAAGCUCAAAUUAGCCUUGCCAAGGGACAUAACAAUGAAUGGUUUGAAAAUUCAGUCUAUUCUAGGCAUCAGGGAGUCUGCACGGAAGGGAAAAAACCCGAGUGUUCUGGGAAUGUGGGCAGCUCAGAUCUUGCUAGACAUCAGAGCAGCCACUUAGAGGAAAAUUCUGCUGAAGGGUUUGAUGGUGGCAAACGUUUUAGGGAUUGUGCAGCAUUCACUAAAGAUCAAGCCGGCCAACCUGAAGGAAAUGUCAACAAAUGGACUGACCGUUCAGUCUCCUCUGAAUAUCAGGGGCUUCACAAGGAAGAAAAUCCUCCAGAGUGCCCCAAGAAUGAGGGAACCUUCAUGGGUAAAAUAGCUCUCUCUAAACAUCAGAGCACCCGUGGAGAAGAAAAUUCCAUUGGAGGGUUUGAGGGUAAGGAACCCUUCAAGGACAGCUCAAGCCACAGUAGUCAUCAAGGAAUCAUCACAGACAAGCAAAGUUAUACAUGCUCUAACUGUGGGAAAUCCUGGAAGAACAAAUAUUCCCUCAUGAGGCAUCAAAAAACCCACUCAGAAGAGAGACCAUAUCAGUGCCAAAUGUGUAAGAAAAGCUUCCACCACCCCAAAGACCUUACAAGGCAUCAGAUAACUCAUUCAGACCUCAGGCCUUACCAGUGUAGUGAAUGUGAGAAACAGUUUAAGUCAAAAGCCUCCCUUCUCAAACAUCAGAAAGCCCACAAAGGAGAGAAACCUUAUUGCUGUUCUUACUGUGGCAAGAGAGUCACAACAAAAUCAAUUCUUCAGUGUCACUUGAGAAUCCACACGGGAGAGAGGCCAUAUAAAUGUACAGAGUGUGGCAAAGGGUAUAUAACAAACUGGUUCCUUAAAAAACAUUUGAAGUCACAUUUGAAAACAAAUUCAUAA